UGCCCGAUUGGAUGGAUAUGACUUGACAAGCAGCUGCACUGGUGUCAAACCGACUGACAUUACAGAACACAAACAACCCCAUGGGUACCAGCGAAAUCAAGAUUCAUAUAAACAGACGACUCUGAGCGACUCAGUGCCACUUGUUACCUGUACAUCCUUGUUAGGGAAACGAAGAGACAAGGUUUUCAACAUCAUGGCAAGCCAAAAGAGAAUCCUCGUCUGGUGCACGCCGAGGUCUCUCUCCACUGUGCUCAUGAGGUCCUUGUCUCAGUUUCACGAUUCGCAGAUUAUCUUCGAAUACCUUUUGUUGGCGGGUAUCAACAUAGCACCGCCAGGUACGUUCGGCGACCGUGAAGCUGAUGUGGCCCGCCUAAAGUCAGAGCCUGAUUUCGACAUCCAUUCCUGGAAGGAAAUGUACGAGCGACCGUACCCUAGCAAGGCAUUUAUUAUCGGCAAAGAGUUUGCCGAAUUAUUGCAUGGAAGAAUGGAGAUGAUACCAGACGGGUACACUCACGUCUUUCUAAUUCGUCAUCCCUCAAAAGUAUUUGCGUCGAUUAUGAAAUCAUUUUCUUAUUUCCCACCUGACGUACGACAAAAUGCCUUUCUAAAGCCCAAUUAUUUCCGAGCCUCAGCUGCUGUGUAUGACUUUGUCACCACAACGCUCGGACAGCAAGCGCCUGUGAUACACGCCGAUGACCUUCAGGCCAACCCCGCGAAAACCUUACAACUGCUCUGCGAGGCUACCGGGUUGCCGUUCAGUCAGGAUCUCCUUCGCUGGGGACAGGUCAAGGAAGAUCCCCCUUCCAACUGGCUGAUAUCAGAUUUCACUUGGGAAUUAAGCAAAACGGUCGGGAGCCACAACACUAGCUUUGGGAGCACCUGCUUCUACGCCAACAAGGAAACAUCGGGCGCGGCAAGGGAGACCCCCGUUGUCAGCCCUGAUAUACAGCUAUUGAUGGAAGACGCUAUGCCGUAUUACGAAAGCCUCUAUGAACGCCGCCUUAUCAUCAAAUAGUCAGCAAGGACAUAAAUACGGUGUUGCAACCGAUAUCACUUGUUUGAUCAUGACAAAAAAUUUGCACUUAAAGUCAACAAACAAAUGUUGAACAUUUUCUGAAAAAUUUCUCUUUAGUAGAAAUUGCUUUUGAUCUGUUAAUUUGACAUCCAUGGACAUUGAUUAUCUCAUAAAUAGGAAACAAAUACAGUGUUGAUAAAUAGCGUUUAAAGUGGUUCAUCUAUAAUGUUAAGGACUCUUCGCUUUAAUCUCUUUGGGAAAAAAAUGUGAGGAAACCACAGACCGUUUAACGUUUACAUAGCAUAGAAGUAGAUUUUCCAAUCACUGUAUACUUAGAUUCCGUGCCAAUUUCUAGCUUUUUCUACCCGGAAGUGAGUUGAUUCUGGGUCGUUUGCAGGGGCGUAGCUCCGGGGGGGUGUCACGUGCCUCCCAUAAGACGCUGAUGCCCCUUUGUGACCCCCCCCCUAAAAUCCUAGCUACGCUACUGGUCGUUUGAUGAACAAAAUCUAUCCAAUAAAAGUUGCCACCGUCCAGUUUAAGAGUGGAAAUUGAUUGCACGUGAGCAAUCACUGCAGGUAAUUCGGGGCGGAUCCAGGUUUUUUGCGGGGGGGGAUGUUUGUUUGCAUACAAGAAAGGGGGCGGAUUACUUCAUGCAAUCGUCGCCGCUGGUGAAGCCAUCCAAUUUCUUUAUUUUGUCCUUAAAAUGCACGCAUAAUAAGACCCGACGUGGAUAGUUUGGGCUUUUGAAGGGGUCUUCCAACGUAAGCCCCUUAAAAAGGGUAUUGAGCAAGGAGGGGGUGAUCCCCACCCCCGGGCUCGGGAUCCACUCCUGUAAAUGUAUAUAUUCACUUCAUUGAAAAAAAGAGAUCACAAAUGUGAAUGAGUAUUCGACUUUGGGUAUUUCUUUUACCCAAUAAAUAAAGCAGAAAGCGAAAGUGUGGUACGGAAAAAGAUCUGCCAAGACAAACAUUUUUUUCCUGACGUCAAGUUGAAACAGUAAGCUAAUUCAGUUCUAAAAACAACACUGAAACAACCAGCGUCCUACAGCAGUGGACACACACUGAGCAAAGAUGGGUCGAGUGGUGAUUUAGGUCAAGUGAUGGACUGUGCCUGGGUGCGGGGGGGGGGAAGUAUGAGAAUUCCAAUCAAUUACACCAACCGUUCGAGGGACAGAUGUGCCACUUUGAUUUUGGCAGUGUGUACUUUUCCUUCUCUCACUCGUGGAAAAUGUUUUUUUUUAAAACGUUGAGUUACUAAUACAUUCCCUCUGCUUGAUCCUGCAUGCAGUUAAUGAAUGGACAAUUGCUGUAAAAAAGGUGUGAUAAUUUUUGAACUUUGGAUCGGGUAUUUCCAAUGCACAGGGCUUUAAGAAACAAGGAAACCUGUGGGGGCGGUCCAAAUCUUGGGUAUAUCUGAACUGAAGGCUUACAAUCUGACCAAAACUAAACGAAGACUACUUCCACCGAUUGAAUACACUCCAUUCUUUUCGAUAGCGAAAUAUGACUUUGGAGCUAAAAGCUUCGCGGUCCGAGAGGAUCCACACAAAGACGAAGCGGGAUUACACCCCCCCAAGUUCCUGGAUAUUUAUCUCCUGGGUUGUCACAUAUCAUCCGCUUGGUGUCACAGUUGGCAGCUUCCGGUUUGGAAAUACCUGAUGUAUGCUUUGACACUGAACGAGGCUGUUUCUUUGAUGAAAGUGUAUUCGUGUGCGUCAUCAAAAGAGAAAAUAAGUAAUGUUUUUGAUGCCCCAAAUUAAAUAUAGUUUGAUGCCUGCCUCGCUGAGGCAAUAUUACCCAAAAUCACCACAACACUUUCUGUGCAUUUCAACAGAGAGACAAUAAAGUUUAAAAACUGAAUUGUACUUGGUAAAAAUAUAACUUUAGACAGAUUUACGUGCAUGCACGAAUUCUUUUAAAAGAUUUAAUAAAAGUUGUA